AUGGUUCCUAGUGACGAUUCCUUUAUUAGCGACGAAGAAGAAGAAUUUUGCCCGUUAUGUGUGGAGGAAAUGGAUAUCUCAGAUAAAAAUUUCAAACCAUGCCCUUGCGGGUACCAAAUCUGUCAAUUUUGUUACAACAACAUUAGACAAAAUCCAGAAUUGAAUGGUAGAUGUCCGGGCUGUAGAAGACUAUAUGACGAUGAUAGUGUCGAAUACAAGACAAUCAGUUCAGACGAAUAUAGGACGCAACAAUUAAAGAGAGAAAAACGUGAAAGAGAAAAGAAGCAAAGAGAAAAGGAGAAGAAGGAAACGGAAAUGGCUAACAAGAAGCACUUGGCAGGAUUGAGAGUGGUACAGAAAAACUUGGUAUAUGUGACAGGUUUGAAUCCGCCAUGUAGUCCUGAUGACUUGCAUUCGGUCUUAAGAUCUGACAAAUACUUCGGCCAAUAUGGUAAGAUUCUGAAGAUUGUUAUCAACAAAAAGACUCCUAAUCCACAGAGUACCCACCACCAUCACCAAAAUCCUGGUUUAGUUGUAUACGUAACGUUUGCCAAAAAAGAGGACGCGUUAAAGUGUAUUAAUGAGUUAGAUGGUUCGUUGUGUGAUGGUAGAGUUUUAAGAGCAGCACAUGGUACAACCAAAUAUUGCUCCUCUUACUUGCGUGGUCAUCCUUGUCCAAAUCCAAAUUGUAUGUUUUUGCAUGAACCUGGUGAAGAAGCCGAUUCUUACACUAGAAAGGACUUGUCUACUCAGCAAGGUAUUAAGAUGGGUAUGAUGGGCUUAUCUGGUUCAAGAGUUGGAAGCAAUACUAAUAUUAGCUCUGGAUUUAAUAAUCAAAACACGUCAAGUAAUAACUCUCAACAUUCUAAUAGUGCAGAAGAAGAUAACGAAGUUUCUGAGGAUGAUAGCGAUCAUCACACAUCUAGUCCUAACCCAAUGCCAAACUCUGCUUCUUCUUCAAAUGGAGCUGUUUUACCUGCUACUGCUCAUUGGGCUAAGGGCCUGAGCUCGGCAAGUGGCUCGCCUUCUGUUAAUAGUACUGCAUUAGCUAAUGCAGCUGCUUUCCCAACUUUAGGUGAAAUUUUCCGUGAUCAGAAACAGCAACAAAGGAAAGAAAGUAAGGUUAGUAAGGGUAAAGUCGGUAGGUCUUCGAAAGAUAGUAGCAUUUUACUUCCUGACGAUAUUGAUAUCGACAAUGAUUCAGCUAUUCAUUUUAUGGAAGAGACGUCGGAGAUGUUGAGAAACUUAUCUGAAAGACGAGAGAAAUUACAAGUUCAUUUCAAGAAGCUAACAGAAAAUGCUGACAAUAAAGUGUUGCCUUUAUUCGCUUUUAAUAAAAAUACAAAAUUGUCUAAUAACAGUAAUCUUGAAGAGGAAAAGUUGAUCGCUCGUCAAGUUAUUGAAAGAUUUAUCUUAAGGCCUAUCAAAAAUUAUCACUUGGCGUACCAAAAUCACCCAAUUACACAACAACAAACAUUACUUCAACAACAAGCACAAUUGCAGCAACAACGUCAACAAACCCCUAGUAUACAAGCUGCGCAAAUACAGCAAUUACAGAUAGAACAACAAAAAAGAUUAUUGGAUCAACAACAAUCCCAACAAAAUGGAAAUGGUACACCUGUGUCGACUAAUGCUUCUUUGCAGCAACAACAACAAUUAUUAUUGUUACAGCAGUUACAGCAGCAACAGCAACAGCAACAGCAGCAACAACAACAAACUCCAUCUCAAGCUCAAGCUCAAAUUAAUAUGGUGAGAGCUCGUGAACGUUCAGCUAACACUUCUACACCACCACCGCCAGGGUUAUUCGCUGGUGCUAAUGGUUCCAAGGGAACUCCCAACCCACCUCAAAUACCAGCACAACAUCAGCAACAGUCACAAGGACAACAGUAUUCACAACAAUCAGCUGCUGGAAAUCAGUCUUCAAGCUCACAAUUGUUAACACAAUUGAUGAGUGGUAAAAGAUAA